AUCCUAGCACCGUCGAUUGACACCGUCCCCAUCGACAAACUGGCGACUAUGGCUGAUCGAAUUUUAGAAGUUCAACCAAAUUCAACUUCUUUGUCUUCGAUCAACUCAGCGACGGAAACACCGUCCAUUGCCGACCAGAUUAAGCUGCUUUCCGAACAAAUCGCUGAACUUAGAGCUUCACACUCUCGCCAAUUUCGAUGUUUUUCACGUCGACGAUCAAACAGCAGAACUUACCGAUCGAAUUCUAACAACAGACAGUCUGACAACUACUGCUGGUACCACAACAAAUUUGGUCAUAGAGCAAGGAAAUGUGUUUCCCCCUGUUUGUUCAGAAACUCCAAAAACAAUGCUCCGCAGAUGCCGGAAAACCGCCAGGCCGAGUGUUAGGGGCGAGUAACACUCGUGGCUAUCAAACCCAAUCUCGCCGUCUUUCUGUUGUGGAUCGUACUUCUGGACUAAAAUUUUUGAUUGACACUGGAGCAGACGUUAGUGUUAUUCCCCCGCAACCCACCGACACUCUCCCUCCUGGGAAUUUUUAUGAACUUACUGCUGCAAACGGUACGAAAAUACGUACGUUUGGACAACGUUUGCUGACACUUAAUUUGGGAUUACGACGAUAGAGACUCGCGGUAACCCCGU